AUUUUCUUUGCUUUUGCUUUUGUUUUCAUUGUCAAGUCAAUUUGCUCAAGAUCAAAGGUUUUGGAGGCAAAGAGUGUUUUUGGAGAGUGGAAAUUUGAGUCAUUUGGAGAAGAAGUAGAAGAAGAAUGGAGGUAUAUGGCAAAUCCAUGGUUGCUGGUCCUACAAAUGUUAUUUAUUUGUCUACGAUUCUGGGCCGGGAUGGGCCAAAUCCUGUGCACAAAUGUGAUUGGAAAUGUGAAAAAGAACAUGUGUGUGGAAACAUGUACAUUUGCAAAUUAACAGGACUUACUCACAUUUGUGACAAGAAUUGUAACCAGAGAAUUUUGUAUGAUAAUCAUAGUUCGCUUUGCUUGGUGAGCAACCAGAUAUUUCCCCUUUCGCCAGCAGAGGAACAGGCUGUUAGAGGUGUUCGGAGGAAGCUCGAUGCUGAGAAUUCCCCCUCUGAUAGCUGUGCUUUUAAGCGCAGACGGGAUGCACAAUGUCAUCCUUCUCCUUUCGAGAGAUCCUUCUCCGCUGUUAGUCCAAUCUGCAGCCAAGUUGGAGAUGGCAUGGAUAUGAGCUAGAUUUUAUUAUCUUAUCAUUUUCCUUUGAAAAUUUCCCGCUUUUCGUAUUAAUGGAACGAAAUAUCGAUGACAGACUUGAUUCACUGCUAUAAUUCAGGACCUGUUGUGUCCUGUCUUCGUGUAGGAACACUUUAUAUCUUUCUAGUCAUGUUUAAUUCGAUGUAGUUAAUCAUUAGCUUCUUCCCUAUUAGUAGGGGAUCAAAGUCAGACUCUUAUUACUGCUUUAUGAAACUUGAAUUGAAUUUAGCUUCUCUUUAACUCUUCUGCUCCUAUUUUAAACCACAAUGGUCUCUCUUAAGGCUUCUAUAAUGACUAUUAUUUAUCCGUUUGCUACUUAAUUUUGUCUAAUUCUUCCAACCGUAUAUCUUUUGGUUGACAUUUUAUUUUUAGAUAAUUUAUAUGUUGUGGUGAUUGGCUAGCUUUGUACUUACUGUGAGGUGUCAUUUUUAGCAUUGUACUUAUUCUGACUAUAUAAUAUCUCUUUUUGUGGCUUAAUAUUUCUCAGUUGCUUAAAUUUUGCUAUGAUUUCUAUAACUUGUUAGUUUGUAUGAUGUACCAUGCAGUAACAGGUUUUCGAGUUCUCAAAAUGAAGUCUUUUUGGUUUGUUAUCUGGUAGAAACUUCUCUGAAUUAUGUUGGUUAAUAUUGUUUAUUCUCUUAUAGGUUGAAGAGGAAUGACAAUAACAUGUUCAUUGGUGAUUCUUGUUGUUUUUUCAUCUGUUCGUCUUUCCUUUUCGUGCUUUUGUUCUUCUAUUCUUUGGGUUGAUCCGUUAUCUGGAUUCCUGAAAUAAAUGUUGAUUUUGCAGGGACUCAAAUUGUGCAAUCAGGAGACUUUAAAUGUGCCUUUUGCAUUUAUGAAUGAACUGUUCCAUUUUAAGUAUUUUGAACUUUGUGGUGCAGAUUUCUAACGUGCACAUUGUUUUUAUCCUUUUCCUAUGUAGGUAUUAACCUAGUAUCAUUCUUCACCCAGAGCUGCACUGAUCAAGGUGAUGGCAGAGAAAAUUAUAUUACUGCUUGCUGUUUCAGGGUUUGGGCUUGUUGGAGGGAAUUCCUCGGCAAUAUGUUGCUGGGAGUGAACCACAGCUCCAUGCUGUUAUUCAUCCAUGGCGGUAUGAAGAACAGCAAUUUCAACCACGCAAUUUUUCGUCAGUUGUAGACAUUUAGUUGCAUGAGAAAGUUGCCAUCCUAAGACUGCCUCAUGCCGAAUUCAUUGUACAUCUGAUGACGAAGGACAACCUUUGGAGCAACAACCUUCACAGUUGCCAUUAGCCACUUUGUUACUACGACAUAUCUCAUCUGAUUAUACAAGCAUUUCAAAGCCUUGCUGUAGUUACUAGCAAUGACAAUCUUGGGAGGCAACAACUUUCUCAUUUAGCAACAUGAGAGUGUUGCCACUGCCUAAGGUUGCCUCAUGCGCGAUUCAUUGUACAUCUGGUGAGGAAGGACGACCUUGGGAGCAACUCCCUUCUCAGUUGCCAUUAGCCGCUUUGUUACUACAACAUAUCUCAUCUGAUCAUACAAGCAUUUCGAAGCCUUGCUGUUGUUACUAGCAAUAACAAUCUUAGGAGGCAAUAACUUUCUCAUUUAGCAACAUGAGAGUGUUGCCACUGCCUAAGAUUGCCUCAUGCACGAUUCAUUAUACAUCUGGUGGGGAAGGACAAUCCUGGGAGCAAUUUCUUUCCGGUUUCCCAUGCCAUUAGGCACGCUGUUACUCCAAUAUAACUGUUCUGAUGGUGCAAGCGUUUCGAAGCCUAGCUAGUUCUCACAAGCAAUGAAAUCUAGGAAGCAACAGCUCUUGCUGCUUCAUAGCCAGUCCCUUCGUCUUAUCCUGGUAAUUAGCAUAUACUGCUGGCCUAAUUUGCAGAGUACCUUUAGAUUUUGUGGAAUUGUUAGGCAAACAACAAUCUAUUAGGGACAUGCCUUGUGUGAAAGCAUUGAAUUUUAGGUAGCAAAACAGUUCCUGUACUGACUUAAAGUAUGGGGAUUUCUUCAAGUCAACCCCUAUGAUGUUCACCUAAUUUAUUUAAAGAAGUUGAAUCUUAGUUUGUUUAUAAUGA